AUGAAUCCAUUCGCUACCACAGCGCUCUCGCGCUCCACAUUCUCUCAUCGCUAUUUUGCUCGCACCGUAGCCUCAUCAACCCCAUCAUCACUGUCAUCGCCAUCGAGAUUUCUAUGGACUUGCUGCGCCUGCUCCAGACGUCGCAUCUCACCACUCCGGGUCUUGUCCUUCGAGAAAUCACAUAGGCAAACUUCAUCGUUGUUGCCGCCGAUACGAGGAUAUCAUGGGACGGAACCAAAAGAUAGCGGAACCCCAGGAACGGGUGGGUCCAGGACAAAGCCGAGUGGGAACGGCAGCAGGAAAAGAAAUAGGCGAAAGCUGGUGGUGGCUGGCGGUGGAUUGGCGUUAGGUGCAGCGACAUUGGUUACCAUCACCGAUGACGCGAAACAUGCUGUCACUGCCGUGGAGCGAAGUGGAAGAGUGGUGGGGACUUUGUUUGUGAAUAUCAAAGACUACCGAAGCACGCUUAAGCGUGACAACGAAGAUAAUUACGACGAGUUGCUCAAGGCAUGCCAUUUACGCUGCGCCAAACGUACACUCAAGACACUGGAGAAAAACGGGUCAAUCUUCAUCAAGUUGGGACAGCACCUGUCUAGUCUCAAUUACCUCCUACCAAGCGAAUGGUGCGAUACAUUCAUUCCCCUACAAGACAAAUGCCCGGUAUCGAGCUACGAGUCAAUUAAAGAGAUGGUACUUCAAGACACUGGAACCGAUCUUUCCGAGUAUUUCUCGGAGAUGGAUGAGCUGCCUAUUGGUGCUGCCAGUCUGGCGCAGGUCCAUAGGGCGGUCGUAAGAGCUACAGGGCAAAAAGUCGCGGUUAAGGUCCAGCAUCCAGCACUAGAUGAAUGGGCGAAACUGGAUCUCGCUUUAACACGUUUCACAUUUGAGACUCUCAAGUACUGGUUCCCAGAGUACGAUCUCACUUGGUUAUCCGAAGAAAUGGAAGUCUCUCUUCCACAGGAGCUCGACUUUGCGCUGGAAGGCAAGAAUGCCAUGCGUGCCAAAGAAUAUUUCAGCAAGGUACGCGGCGUGCCUGUCAUAAUUCCCGAAGUGUUGUGGGCGAAGAGGCGAAUCUUGGUGAUGGAGUAUGUGAGCGGUAGGCGGCCAGACGAUCUAGAGUACCUAGAUGCGAACAAGAUUGAUCGGGACGAAGUCAGUGCGGCUCUGGCACGAAUCUUCAAUCAGAUGAUCUUCGGCAACGGAGCGCCUCUACACUGCGACCCUCACGGUGGCAACAUCGCCAUCCGACACAAUCCAUCGCGACCUGGCAAAACCAAUUUUGACGUUAUUCUCUACGACCAUGGACUCUAUCGUGAUAUCCCUUUGCCCCUGCGUCGGUCGUACGCCAAGCUUUGGCUUGCAGUGCUCGACGCGGACGAGUCACGAAUGCGCAAGUAUGCGAAAGAAACGGCGGGUAUUGACGACGAGUAUUUCCCCCUCUUUGCUUCGGCCAUUACAGGUCGUGAUUACAGGGCCAUCAUGAAGGACGUAACGACGAAACGUACGGGCGAGGAGAAGGAGAUUAUCGGAGGAAGUCUGGUAGAGGGGGGGAUGUUGGAGAGCUUGAUCCAGUUGUUGGGCAAGAUGCCCAGAGUGUUGUUGUUGAUCUUGAAAACCAACGAUUUGACGCGCUCUCUCGACGAGAACCUACACACUCGACAAGGGCCCGUGAGAACGUUUCUCAUUCUUGCAAGGUAUGCCUCGCGCACUGUAUAUGAGGAGCAGGUGGAGAAGCUGAGUGGGUCGAUGCUAUGGCCUUCGAACCUCGUGGCGUUUCUCCGAGCAUUUGGGGCAUAUAUGAGAGUGGAGCUCAAGCUGGGUGCGUACGAGACGCUACUCCAGGCGAGGGCGGCUUUGGGGAUGGGGCAGGUGACGAGUUAG